GCGCGCGCGGCAGCGGCUGCACUUCUCUCCGGGCAGCGGGGGCAGGAGCGGCGGCGGUGGGAGAAGCAGCGGCCGGCGCUGCUGCUCGGGAGAGACGGGAAAGGGGAGAGGAAGCCGAGAGCGAGGAGCGCGGGGCAGCGGGCUCAUGACUCAGUGAGCGGCUGCAGCCCCUUUCCAGCCCCGCGCCCGGCCGGAGUCGGGGCGACCGCGACGGAUUGUCCCGCAGCUUGUGCCCGGCACCAGCGAGAGAGAGACCUGCGCUCGCCUGCAGUGCAGCAUCUGCCAUGUCUACAGAGGGGCAGAGAGUGGAUGAUAGUCCAAGCACUAGUGGAGGCAGCUCUGAUGGAGAUCAGCGUGAAGGUGUUCAGCAGGAACAAGAAAGGGAGCAAGUUCAACCCAAGAAAAAAGAAGGGAAAAUAUCAAGCAAAACAGCUGCUAAAUUGUCAACUAGUGCUAAAAGAAUUCAGAAAGAACUUGCAGAAAUUACAUUAGACCCUCCUCCGAACUGUAGUGCUGGACCCAAAGGAGACAACAUUUAUGAAUGGAGGUCAACUAUACUGGGACCUCCAGGGUCUGUAUAUGAAGGUGGAGUUUUCUUCCUUGACAUAACCUUUUCACCGGACUAUCCUUUUAAACCACCCAAGGUAACGUUCCGGACAAGGAUCUACCACUGUAACAUUAACAGCCAAGGCGUCAUCUGCCUGGACAUUUUAAAAGACAACUGGAGUCCAGCGUUAACCAUUUCUAAAGUUCUCCUCUCCAUCUGCUCCCUCCUCACAGACUGUAACCCCGCUGACCCCCUGGUUGGAAGCAUUGCCACUCAGUAUAUGACUAACAGAGCAGAGCACGACAGAAUGGCCAGACAGUGGACCAAGCGAUACGCCACAUAGGAACCUCCUCUAGGAUUUGCUGGACCUGUGCAAGCACAUUCACUAAGUGCAUCAAUAGCCCUUCCCUUCAUUCUUAUUUUUUAUUAAAUCUUGAACCAUUUUGUGACAAAAGGUCGUCCUUACUUCCCUUUUUUGUUUGUUUGUUUCAUUUUGGUUUAUUUUUAUUUUUAUUUGUUCUGGGUUUUUUUGGGUUUUGUUUUUUUUUUUUUGUUCUGUUAACUUGAAAGUUGUUUCCCUCAAAUGUAGACAGGGAAUUUUGGUUAUCAGUGCAAAGAAUGUUGGAUCUGUAAUAGUAUAGAGCUUUAUCAGAAAGCUUUGUAUUAAUGUGUGGGGUUGGUUUUUUUUUCUUUCAUGUGGUUUUGGGGAAAACAAACAAAUUCAGAAUUAUAUCUCAUUUCUACUUAAAUGUAGUGUUUAGGGUUAUUUUUUUGUACUGAAGUCUUUAAUGGUGGGUGCAUGCUACUGGGAACAAGUUUUGUAUAAAAGCUUAAAAUCAAGAAUCACUGUGCAUUACUAAGACUGUGUUUAUCACUAGCCUUCUGUUUCCCACACAAAAGGCUAUUGCAUUGAACAAAUUAAUAUGUAUUUUGAUUUACUUAAAAAACAAAAAAAAAAAAGUGCUUGUAAAUUUCUUAGGGACCUGCCACUUUUGACUGUGGAUCAGUUGAUGUACACUUGUAUUAUUAAAGCACUCAAUAAAACACUGUGGCUGAUAAA